AGACGAGAAUACAAGAGUGAACGUAGCCCUGACGCAACCUUUUCCGCGCAAGGAGUAGCUUGAUCGCGAGCCGUGCCAAGCCGUGCAUCAGCCGAAUUUUAGAAAACAGUGUAAAUUAAUUACAACAAUUAUCAACGGCGGUAUAAGCCAGAAGACAGAAAGAUGAACGGAAUAGUCAGAACCGCUCUGAGGGCCUCAACUCUCAAGGGAUUAACACAAUCUACCGUUGUUGUCGGCGGCACGGCACGAAGGGAUUUCGCAAGAACGAUGUGGAACAUGUGCAGCCGGCAAAACGAACUUGCACCACUAACGAGUUACAAAAUUCAAAAUCCCAGCGAUUUUUGCAGCUGCGGCUGCUCCCGAAAGGCACACACCAAAGCGGAGAAAGAAUUGGGACUCUUUUUAGCUGAGGAAAUUGUUGCGGAAAAGAAGGCACAAAAAAUGAAGACCAUUCCCACAGAGUUAGACGGCUUUAAGAUAUCGUUAGAUGGAGCGGAGGUUACGCUCACCAAAAAACAUGGAGAUGAAACCAUAACGAUAAAUUUCAAUGUCAAUCAUACUGUCGAUUCUGAUUCUGAACCCGACAUUGACACCCCAGAGGACAAGGCUGAAUUUGGAGAAAUGAAAAGCAAGCCAAGCUUCGAAGUUGAUAUUGAAAGAGGAAAUCAAACUCUAGGAUUCACAUGUUCAUUCAAUAAUGAACCGCAAGCUUCUGGUGCCGAUGAUGGCUACAACGAUAUCUUUGGCAUAGACGAAAUAACAUUGUAUGAAGGAGAACACAAUGAUAAAAUUUAUGCUGUCGCUGGUGAUGUUAUUGAUGGCUAUCUUUAUGAUUUACUGAUGAACUAUCUUGAGGAGAAAGGAGUGUCAAACGAAUUUGCUGAGAAACUGAUUGAGCUGAGUACGACCUAUGAACAUACGGCAUACAUCAGUUUACUCGAAGGUCUCUCAAAAUUCACAUCUGGAAAAUAAUUCCGUUAUUUGAAUGUCUGUCAAAUGUCCGACAUGUUUACCAUUAAUCAGAAGAACUGUACUGUAUAGUCUUAGGUCUCGUUAAUAAACUCUUCUUACAUACGCCAA